AUGAAGCUGGCUUGUGGUGCGUGGAUGGUGAUCGUAUCCAAUGCUGUCUCGGGCAUUCCCGACUUCGCAGCGCACGGGGCAAUGCCAAAUGUAACACUGGAAGCAGGAGCCUCUGGCCUAAUGCGCUUCUGCGCCUGCGAUGUAGAUACUGACCCGCUGGGCCGCAACGGGAAGAAGAGGGGCGCCCUUACCUCCGAUGCCCUGUGUUCGGCUUGCCAUGGACCAGCAGACCUUGUGGAGUUCCGGCACAGCCUGAGCCGUGCUACAGGGCUUCUACCCUGGAUCGUCAUGCCGCUGUCGCUGCCGGGAAUAUCCUUGAGGGUGGUUCGCAGGAGGGAAUGGCCGCUUCGGGUUUUCAGCAUUCUUUUCUGGGCAGCUAUACCUGCUGGAAUCCUGAACAUAAUCAUUUGCAUUGUCGUGCUGCUUCCGGCCAACUGGGAUGUCUUUAAGUCCUUGUGCUUCAUCGGACAUACUUUUGAUGAGAAGUACGGGGUGGAGAUCUCAACUCCAGAUGAGCUGCAUAAGGCCUUCUGCACGUACAGCACGCUUGAGCAACAAGCCCUCGCAGCUGGAUGGAUGCUCUUCGUGCUGGAGUUGCUAUGCGUAUUGGCUCUGGCACAAACAUUCCAUUUGCCAAGAAAGCUGGCAUCUGAUGCUCGAAAGGAUGGGAUGAAGACCGUCUCGUCCAGGCUAUCCGCCCUUGGUGGGCCUAUUACCACGUUUGACAGCCGGACUGGUAGUGCACUGCCGGACCCAGCAGCCUUAGACAUUGAAAGCCUGCGCCCGCUUUCUGCCCCGUGGGCCCAGGCAGAUGACGACUUUGGGCUUGGUAUCUCACUGUGGUCGGGGCGGACAUCCUACCGGGAAGGCAAAAGCUCUGGCGCGGAGGACUUCGAGGCAAACCUUGAUUCUGGACGCUCCAACAAUUACAAGGGCCGCCGGCGAAGCCGUAAACCAAAGAAAGCUAAGAGGGAGAAAGUGUUGGAGGAGGGCGAGGUAGAGUGGGAUUCUGAAGACAUUGAGCUGAGCCAACUCUUUGCUACAGUGGGAGGGAAGCGCCGGAGCCCUCGAGCCUCUCGGCGAGAGACGACCAGCCCCCGCCACAUUGGCCGUGCGAGGGAGUUAUGGGACACGGCCCCGGCGACUUUGCAGACGAUUCCAUCAUCCCGUUCCAUACCUCCAACCACGGACCCAUCCUUGGCUUCUUGCGGCAGCCUGGCAGAAGGGCCUACAAAAAGCCUCUUUCAUUCCAUGAAAUCUUCCACAGGUGCCCUCCCAUUACAUGCACAGGACGCACUAGAGCUGGCCAAGCGCCAGGCUCAAACGGACGAUGCUGCACAGGCGGAUGAUGUUGCUGAUGGCGACUUCUUUGCCUAUGCCUUGCGCGUUUCAGAGCGAUUUGAUCGGCGGCAGGUGCAGGGGCGGCCCGACCCUACUGCCCACUUGCAGGAAGCUUUGCUGCAAGAGCUCUUUCAUCCUGCAUUUCCUGUCUCACACGAGAUGUCAAAGGUGUGA